AUGGAGAAGGUUAAUAGAGAUUCGUUUUAUAAAUUGGCCUCUGAUCUUCCAGAAGAGCGGGUUCAAUCAGCAGUGGCAUUAAUCAAAGACUUGUCAGCAUUAAAGCCAUCAGAAGUUGAAAAAGAAUUUGAAUAUGUAUUGAACAGAUUGAUUUCUGGGUUAUCUUCAAAUAGAAAUAGUGCCCGUUUAGGAUUUUCUCUUUGUUUGACUGAAGUUGUUAAUUUAGCUCUAGAUAGAAAAGACCAACCUUUAACAUGUCUGCGUUCGAUCGAUGAUUUCCUAGACAUGGUAGACAAAACCUUAGUAUUAGACUCUGUGGCAACUGGCAAGAAGUUGAAGAAAGGUAAGGAUGAGAGAGGUAUCAUGUUUGGUAGGAUGUUUGCAUUGCAAGCUUUAUUAAACGAGCCUUUAUUCGCAAAGGUUUUUAUUGAUAAAAAUGGGAAAAUAUCUAAGUUUGCUAUAAGAUUUCAAACUCAAUUAGUUGAAUUGGCUGUUUUGAAAAACUGGCUGAGAGAGCCAUGUUUAUUCACUUUAUACCAAACUGUUGAAAAAUUCAUGCCUUACAUCGAUUCAUCGUAUAUCGAGUCUUUGGUACAACUUUUAGAUAAAUACAAAUUAACCUUGACUAAUGAAGGGUUAGCAAUUUAUCUAUCUUUAAUUCAUACUAAUGGUAAAAAAAUAGCCUCAUCUUUACCAUUGGAAUCUCAAGGUUGGAAAUUAAACGAUCCUUUGGCUAAAGGAAAUUUGCCUACGCUAACUCAAGUUCUUCUAAAUUCGAAUAUAAAUCAAAGUGAAACCCCACAAGGCAACGCUGCUAACUGGAGUCCUAGAUUACAUUUUGUUUGGGAUAUUUUAUUGCCAAUCCUUCUGGGUCAAGAUAGUACUACCAAUGAUGAGCAUGUCAGUAAGAAACAAAAAUCUAAAACCACUUCUUCUACUUCAAUCAAGUUCCAAUCAUUUUGGAAAAUGGUCGUUGAUGAAUCAUUCUUUAACGAAAAAUCAUCAAGUGAAAGAAAAUAUCUAGGAUUCUUAAUAAUUCAAAAAUCAUUGGAAUUAGUUCCUGCUCAACUUGUCGAAUCCUUGUUUGGUCAAAAUGUUUUAAGGUCAAUGAUAAAUCAGUCCGCUGAUACCAAGAGAAUGCUUCAUAAAAUCUCACAAAAGGUCUUAAACUCUAUAAUUGAGGCCUGUGAAAAGGAUACUACAAAAAUUACACCUAUUGUUAAAGUAAUACUGUUUGGUGAAAAUGGUGCAACUAAUUUUGAUAAAUUAACGAAGACCAAAACAAUUAAUAAAAUAUUGUCUAUUAAAAAUUUGGAAGAGGAAACUUUAUCUCAAAUAUUCAUUAUGUUGUCCAAUGAAAUAAAAGGUUCAUCUGAAAGUAUCCAAAAAGAUCAAUUCGUUUUAGAUACCAUCUUACACGUUGUACGUAACCAUAAGCUGGAAAUGAACAUUGGAACUAUCAUUAUUCAACUAUUAACCCCAGUAAUUGACUUAGCUUUCUUUUUGAAAGAGAAUGAACGUAUUAGCAACAUUGCUAAGGAAAGAUUUUUUUCAUUACUAUCUGAAUUGGCUGCUAUAACAACUUCUACUCGCUCCUGGCAAUACACUGCAUUAGAAUUGAUUUCAAAUAAAGAAGCAUCAGGCUCGCCUUUGAAUCAAGAAAUGGAUCAAGAUUUAAUUGCUAUCAAGGAAAAAGGUAUCGAAUGUCUGAAAGAAGUAACAAAAAAAUCGGAUACUGUUCAAUUGAGAGGUCUAGAAUGUCUUUUGUCGAUGAGUUUACUACAAUUGUAUGCUGGUGAUGUCGAUUCCGUUUCUAUCGUUGAAGAUCUAUGUACCUUUUACGAUGAAAGAGAGGAUGAUUCAGUUUCAUUAGUUGGUAUUACUGAGAUUCUAUUGGCUUUGUUAGCUCAAAGGAAGGCUGUAUUAAAGAAGAUAGCAUUGGUGGCUUGGGAGCAAUUUGUUCCUUUUAUUGGACCUGAAGAAGUCAAAGUGCUGGUCGAUGUAUUAAACGCAAGAGAAAAUAAAGAAGGCUUUGCUCAGUUAUUUGAAGGUGAAGGUGAAUAUGAAGUGGAUGAAGAGGAAGGAGAUGAACAAGAAAAUGACGAUGAGGAAAAAGAUAAAGAUAAGGAUGCUGAAGAUGAUGAAAUGGAAGAUGAUGAAUCUUCCUCAGAGAGCGAUGAUGACAGUGACGAGAGUGAUGAAGAUAUUGAGAAAAUCAAUAAAGAAACCACUAGUGCAUUGGCCAAAGCCUUGAACCUUCCUGACAACAUUAUCAAUGAAAACGGUGAGGUUGACUUGGAUGCAUUGGAAGGUAUGUCAGAAGAAGAAAAUGAUGAUGAUGAUGAUGAUGAAAGUGAAGAAGAAGACGAUGAGUCCAUGGACGAUGAAAAGAUGAUGGAAUUAGAUGAUCAAUUAUCUGAAAUUUUCAAACGUAGAAAGGAGGCGUUGUCAUCAGUUGCCUCUGGUAAUCAAAGGAAGCUAGAUGUCAAAGAAUCUCGUGAAAAUGUUAUUGCCUUCAAGCAUCGUAUUAUUGAUUUACUCGAAACAUACAUUAAAUAUGUGGAAAAGAUUACAUCCCGCAAAUUAGAAGAUCAACCUAUCAAUAAGGAACAACUGUUAAACUGUGUAUUCAUGAUGAUGAAUGCAAUGGUUGAAUGUAUCCAACACACUCUAGACAGACCUUUAGCAGAUAAGAUCUCUAAACUGUUGAAAGUAAAAUUAUUCAAAAUCAACUUGACAUUCUUUGAUAACGGGAAUGUAUCAAAUCAAGAAAGUGUCUUGACCCAACUAAAGGCAAUCCAUGAGCUACUCAUCACCUCAAAACCAGGCCAACAUGCCUCGCUUUACUUUUCCGUAUGCUCAACAUCUUCCCUUUUCCUAAGCAAACUUUUGAUAGAGACCACCAAUGCCGAUGAAAGAUCAUAUGCAUUUUCACAACUGAUAGAUAUUUACGGUGAAUUAUCCAAAAAAUGGUUGCUUAAGGGUAGAUUUGGCCCAAUUGUGUUCAUGGAUUUCUACAAUUGGUUAAAUUCAAAGAAAAAUUCAGCUACAACUGACUAA